GUGCCAACACAACAGUCCGCGAUAAAGCUUCAAAAUUCCAGUUUAUUCCAUUCAUAGGUAAGAACAAGGUAGACCAUGAAUCUGCUUCAAAAGCUUCAGACUUAUUGGAUCAAGUUAUUUUAACUAUUGACGACUGGAAAUCUCAAAAGUCCGCAUUGAGUGCUGCAUUGUUCAAAGCCGCGGAGGUUGGAAGUGUUGAAUUUGUUAGUAUGAUCAUAAAUUCUCUUCCUCUAGUGGUAUCUUGGUUAAAUGAUGAUUAUCAGAAUAUUUUUCAUGUUGCAAUCAUCCACCGCCAAGAAAAAAUUUUCCAACUCAUAUACAAGUUGGGUCUAGUGAAAAAUGACUUAACAGGUUCAGCAGAUAAGUCCAAUAACUGGAUGUUGCAUUUAGCUGGAAAAUUGGCACCCCCUCACCGACUUGAUUUGGUCCCUGGUGCUGCUCUGCAACUACAAAGUGAACUAAAAUGGUUUGAGGCAGUUAAAGAAAUUGUGCCAAACAUUUCUAUUGACAUAAAAAACUUGGACAAUCACACACCAUAUGAACUAUUUGCUUCAACACAUACAGAGUUGAUGAAAGGUGGGGAAGAAUGGAUGAAGAAUACAGCAGCAUCAUGUUCAAUUGUUGCGACACUUAUUGCCACAGUUGUGUUUGCAGCAGUCUUCACAGUACCGGGUGGCAAUGACCAAGUUAAGGGCUACCCUAUUUUGUUACAUCACAAUUCCAUUUUACUGUUCACAAUAUCAGAUGGAGCAGCACUUUUCUCUUCUUGCACUUCAGUGUUGAUGUUCCUAGCCAUCUUGACUUCGCGCUUUGCACCACAAGAUUAUCUCAUAUCCUUGCCAAGGAGGUUGAUUAUUGGACUAGUCCUUCUAUUUAUCUCUAUGGCAUCAAUGAUGUUUGCCUUUGGUGUUUCCAUUUAUAUCCUUCUCCAAGAACGAUAUAAUUGGUUCUAUAUCCCAAUUAUAAUUGCAGGUGGUGUUCCAAUCAUCUUAUUUUUGAGGAUGCACUAUCGCCUUUUGAUUGAUUUAUGUCAGAUAUACAUGAGGUGGAGUAGGAAACAACUUCCUAUUCUGAAGGAUUGGGUAGAGAUACAGGUAGAGUGGGUUAUCUCCAAGGAUUGGAUAGAGAUACAG